UUGGAGUAAGAAACUGCGUAGCGAUAAAUCUACUCCAAAUAUCACAUUUCGCGAGCCUCUCUCUCUCUCUCUCUCUCUCUCUCUCUCUCAUAAUACGAGUAUUAAAAAGAUGCUAAUAAAAGGAACCUUUUGAUUACGGUCCAUCGUCUUCAUCAUCCCGAGGAUAUUCGAUCCCAACAUUUUGUUUCAUUCGUUCCAUUUACACAAAAAAGGUGCUUCAAUUCUUCCAGAUCUAUCUACUAUCGUGCCCUAAAUCGAACUACCCGUCGUUGAUCUGUGAAAUUCAGGUUUCUAUUCCAGAUCCAACCAUGGAUUUCAUGAAGGUCAUCGACCAAACGGUCCGCGAAAUAAAGAGGGAGGUGAAUUUGAAAGUCUUGAAGGUCCCCGAGAUUGAACAGAAGGUGCUGGAUGCAACAGAUGAUGAACCCUGGGGUCCUCAUGGUUCGGCAUUGGCAGAGAUAGCGCAGGCCACUAAAAAAUUCUCUGAAUGUCAGAUGGUGAUGAAUGUUCUCUGGACAAGAUUAGGUGAAAUUAGCAAGAAUUGGCGCUAUGUCUACAAGUCAUUGGCUGUUAUAGAGUAUUUGGUGGGCAAUGGCUCUGAACGUGCGGUUGAUGACAUAGUUGAACACACUUUUCAAAUCUCAUCACUAGCAAGUUUCGAGUAUGUUGAGCCAAAUGGGAAGGAUAUGGGGAUUAAUGUGAGAAAGAAGGCUGAAACUAUUGUGUCUCUUUUGAAUAAUAAAGAUAAGAUACAAGAAGUGAGAAACAAAGCUGCUGCAAACCGUGAGAAGUACUUUGGACUUUCAUCAACUGGAAUAACAUAUAAAUCAGGCUCAGUCUCAUCUGGUAGCAGCAGCUUUCAAAAUAGCGAUAGGUAUGGAGGCUUUAAUGGUACAAAAGACAGUGAAACAUUCAAGGAUACUUACACGGACAACGAUCGAUUUGGUCAAGAAAAGUCUGAGAAGAGUACUUCUGCCAAGUCACAUCGAAACACCUCAAAGAAGGAGUCUUCACGCAAGGGUGGAAAUACUUCAGCAUCAGGUGCAUCAAGGCCAGCCACAGCCAAUAAUGAUUCUGAUAAGUAUGCUUCAGUUCCUGCACAGAACUCAAUUGCAAAUUCAAAUAAUGAUGAUGAUGAUUUUGAUGAUUUCGAUCCUCGGGGAACUUCCGGUAGCGAAUCCGCCUUAGGGAAAUCUAACCAAGAGGAUCUGUUUGGACAAAGUUUGGUUGGUGAUCUCAUGGAUGCACCAGCAUCUGUUCCCGAAAAAGCGUCAACUGGGAACAGCAAUGUAUCAGAAGUUGAUCUGUUUGCUGAUGCAACUUUUGUAUCAGCACCACCGCAUGUAGAAGCCGGGGGAAAUUCUGAGCCUCAGGCCAAGGUUGAUCUAUUUGCUUCUAAACCUGCCUCAUCGCCCUCAGUUUCUUCAUCUGUAGACUUUUUUUCGACUCCUGAUCCGAUAGUGCAAACUGACAAGACUUCUUCAAAAUUUGAGCCAAUAAAUACUAAUGCAGUUGAUCCCUUUGCUGCGGUUCCGCUGAACAGUUUUGAUGGAUCUGAUCUUUUUGGUGCAUUCACUUCUAAUGCUGAUGCUUCAUCUGCAGAGGCCACAAAAAAAUCUGAAGGCAGUGAUAAUAACUUGAAUGGAAAGUCUUCGGCUGAAUCUAAGCCUCCGCCCAAGAAGGAUAGUUUCCAAGUGAAAUCUGGAAUAUGGUCGGAUUCUCUGAGCCGUGGAUUGAUUGAUCUUAAUAUAUCUGCUCCCAAGAAGGUGUCUCUAGCAGACAUUGGCAUCGUGGGUGGACUAAGCGACGGAUCAGAUGAAAAGGACAAGGGACCCCCAACUUCAUUUUACAUGGGUAGAGCUAUGGGUGCAGGGUCUGGUAUUGGCCGAUCUUCUGGGUUUACCUCAUCAACAGGAACCGGCAGUGAUGACAUGUUCUCAAACCUUGGCGGCCAGCAAUACCAGUUUGGUGGCUUCAAGUAAAGUUUCCCUUUUUCUUGAGCUAUUUUCCCCUCGGUAUUCUUUAUGAGUGUUUGGCAUAUAUAGUUGGAAGCCCACACAAUUGUUUUGAUGUAUCUAUAUUAACAAGAGGAACAAUUAAUAUGGCGAUAUGAUAAUGUGGUCAUGUUGGUUGAACACUUUGAAAUUGUUAGUUUGUGUUCAAAGGACAAUGUGAGUUGUUCUAAACCAUGUAAUAAACUGCUGCUCUUCUGUGGGUGAAUAUGAUUGCUGUCUCUUUAA